AUUGUCAAAAUUAAUAAAAUUGAAGAAUGAAUUAAAUAUUGAAAUAAAGCUUAUUUUGCAGCAUCUAAUGUAAAAAAAAUUUCUAAAAACGAAUUAGUCAAAUGUUAGUGGAUAUAAAAGUGAAAAAUAUAAGUGUAUAAUUCAUUUUAAACCGCAAAAAUACGUACUUUAAAUAGUUAAAGUUUUCACUUUUAAACGUAAAUAUCUCGAAACCUAUAAGUUUCCCGCGGCUAUAUAUUCUUGAUCAGGAGGAUCUCCUCUAUCCGCCCAUACCCAUUUUAUCCCCGAAAGCGGGGACGGUAUACUAAAGCCGACCCGAGUUUUUUUCUGUAGUGGAUGUCGAGAUGUACAUUUCAUUAAAUAUUAAGAAACAUAGGCAUAUUGUAGUUUACAAUGACAAUAAAACAAAAGAUUUUGAGAAAACAUCUAUUGCAAAUCGAUAUGCCUCGUAAUGUGUUUAAAUUAUAAUCAGAAAUAAUCGUUUUUUUGUUGUUAUCGAAGUGACUCGAGAAAUGCAUGUUGUGAUCAAGUAGAUAUGUAGACCUGUUUUGUGGAAUUGUAUAAUAGCAUAUGUUCAAAGAUUUUUCCAAUUUUAUACAUUGAAAUGAUAAAGUUGAGAAAGAUUUAUCCCACAACUAGGGCGCAUAGUGGUACUGUAAUUUUCUUGCAUGGUUCAGGAGAUACUGGGUCAAAUCUUGCUGAAUGGGUACGUUUUUUACUGGGGCGCCACAUGGACUUUGAACACAUUAAAAUGAUAUACCCUACAGCCCCGGUACAAGCAUAUACUCCUUUGUCUGGAGAGCUUUCCCACGUUUGGUUUGAUCGUCGUGCUAUUACGAUCGAGGCUUUAGAAAACAGAAAGAGUUUAUCGCAAAUGUAUGAAAAGAUUAAUGAUCUUAUUCAGAAUGAAGUGGAACUUGGUGUAUCACCCAGCAGAAUUAUUAUUGGCGGCUUUUCUAUGGGAGGUGCAUUAGCCUUGCAUAUAGGCUAUCAUUUAAAUUGUGAUUUAGCGGGCAUAUUUGCUUGUUCUUCCUUUCUUAACCGUGAUUCAAUAAUAUACGAAACGUUAAGACAAAGUUUAGCUGCAGGAACCAGUUUGCCCGAGUUGCGGAUGUAUCAUGGCGCCAAAGAUAAACUUGUGCCUCUAGAUUGGGGUAAAGAAACAUACGAAAAGCUAACAGAACUUGGUGUAAAUGGAAAUUUUAUUCCUCUCGACAACACGUUGCAUGAAUUAAAGAAACAUCAAAUUUUAGAUAUUAGGGACUGGAUUUUAAAAAAACUGCCUGGGGAAAUUCAAUAUAAACUGUAAAUGCAUAAGGGAUAAAUUUUAGAAUACUAUUCCUCGGGAUUCGGGUAUGCGGGUAUGUACGGAUAGAGAAGGUUCUAAAGAUUAAGAAUAUAUAUAUACAUAUAUAUAUAUAAAUAUAUAAUUAUAAUAAAUUAGUUUUACACUUUAGAAACUUUAGUAUUACAUCCCACGAUUUUAGGAUUAGAAAGGGUAUGGUUGGAUAGUGGAGAUUCUCCAGAUCAAGAAUUAUAACCGCCGGAAAAUUAUAGUUUUCGAGAUAUUUACAUUUUAAGUUGAAAAUUUGACAAAUUUAUCUUGCAAUUUCUCGAUUUAUAGUUAAUCUUUCUUUUAGAUUAUGCACUUGUUAUACGCUAACACUUCACUACAUCGUUUCUACAUAUUUAUUUUACAAUAUAUCAAUUAUUUUUAUUUUUGCUUUCAAUAAGCAUUUUAUUUUGUACACAAUUUCCGUUACAUGUACAAUAACAAAUGGGUUCCAUGUUGACAAAUGAUAAGUGUUGCUAUAUCCAAACGAAUGAAAGCAAUCAAAAUAAAUAAAAAUAAUAAUAGAAAUACCUCUACAAAAUAUUAUGACCUAAAUUUUCAUUUUAAUAGAAGAAAGAGGGUUUAUAAGCAUAUAAGUAUGUUUUAUUGACUCCAUUUGUUGCGAAGGGGUUUUUUUGUUUGGUUAGAUUUUCUUUCUGCAUUUUCGGCCUUCGGCCAAAAAAAUAACCCUGGCCGAUCCAGCACAUGGGUGGUCCCUGUGCCUUUCGGGUACUACUUCUUUCUGCAUUGGCGCGCUUCAAAAGAAUAUUCCUGACCGAAAGAAUUAUGGUUCACGUAUUUAGGGUAUAAUCCUCUUUUAUAAUUAAUUUUAAUUCGUUUGCAAAAUAAAAAAAAAAUAUAAUAUAUAUAUAAUGGAUACGGCAACACUUAUUAUUUGACAACAUAGAACUUAUUUGUUAUUUUACAUAUAACGAAAAUUUUGUAAAAAAUAAAAAAUGUAAAAAAUUAAAGCAAAUAUGAGAAAAAUUGAUUAAAAUAAAUAUGUAGAAACAAUGUAGUUAAGUGUUAGUGUAUAAUAAGUGCAUAAUAUAAAAGAAAAACUUACUAUAAAUCGAGAAAUUGCAAGAUAAAAUUUGUUAAAUUUGAUAUGGAGAAUCUCCUCUAUCCAACCAUACCCUUCUAUGGAAAUAACUUUAAUUAUACCCUGAACAGGGUAUAUUAAGUUUGUAACACCCAAAAGGAAACGCAGGAGACCCUAUAAAAUCUUUAUAUAUUAUAUAUAUUUCUUGUGCGCGUGUGCAUGUCACUGAACUCUUCCUAGACGGCUGAACCAAUUUUGAUGAAACUGAUUGUGUGAGUUCAAGGAGAUUCGAGGAUGGUUUAGAUUAACAUUUUUGUCCACUGGAAAAGAUUUAUUUAACUAAUUUUUCAUUGAUCAGUAGUUGUUCAUUUUGGAAUGGUUUACGUUGGAUCCGGUAGACUACGCUACCAUUGCAGAUGUUAGAACGUUUUACAUAGAAUUCCGGCAGAAUGCGCUGCAGUCGUGACAGAUAUUCAAAAGUAUAUUUGAGCCUGCUGAGCGCUGAGAUCAGAUUCUAAGAUAGCAUAAGUAUAGUUUAAAUUAUUAAGACUAUAGACAUGUGUAUGGUGUAUAGUUCAUACUGCUAUGCUACUCUGUACGGAAAUAGUGAAUAUACAAAACUAAGAAAUAUGUAAAUAUGUUUAUAUUUCUUGCUCUGCCUCGAAGACGUGGCAUUUUUUGUAGAAAUAAAAUACUAUGAAAAAUA